CCAAUGAUGUGAUGAACCUGAGCCGGGGCGAUGGGGUCAAAUUCUGAUGGAUAUUUAGUGCCCUGCGCCUAUUGCAUCGCCUUGCUGGACUUCAUAUCCGCCGUGCUAUUCGCAAUUAUCUCAGCAGUGGUAUUUUCCAAGCAUGGUAGUUGGACAGCAUUGGUAGCGCUGAUCUUCACCAUCUUCUGGAUGCUCGUAAUCAUUACUUUAUUGGCGGGGAUCUACAGGAGAAAACUGGGAUUGGUUCGUUUUUGGUUGGUGUUCACCUGUCUGGGAAUACUCAUAGAUGGAGUUAUACUGCUUUAUGGCCUGACUUUGGCCAUUUCGGUGAACUGGGAGGGUGUUAAGAUCACAGUGCUGCCAUUCGUGGGAUUGGCUGUGGAAAUGACAUUUGUCUACAUAAUUUACCUCUUCUAUCUGGAUAUGACUGGCUAUAGUCCUCCAGCACCACCACAUGAAGAGCCUCAUAGACUAACUAGCGGCAGCGAGGUAGAAUACACCGAGGAAACAGAUAAGACCUUGGAUCGCAAGGAUCUAAAACGCAUGGAAAAACAGGCCAAAGAACGUAUGAAAAAGGAUAAAGCUGCUUUAAAAAAACUACAAAAACAAAUGCGAAAGGGAAUGAAUUAGGUGUUUUAAUAAGUACUCAAAAAAAUUAGUUUAUAUUUUUAAAAUGAUUUAUAUAUAUAUUUUUUUUGCCUUUAAUUAUAAAUCUUGUUUAGAGCUCUAAAAAGCGCAGUAUC